AUGAUUGUUUUUCAAAUAUCACUGCGUGACAAAUCGAUAAUAAAAAGUGAAAAUCACUUUAAUGUACCAUGACAGUACACUUAUUUUGUUGUAUUCCAAUCCAUGGAAUUACUCAUUUACAAAUAGUUGUCGAAUACCAUGUAUUUGUUGCUAAGUUUUCUAUUUUCUAAUGUAUUAAGCUUUCCUAAUGGUAAUACAAACUCAUCAAAUCAUUUACUUAUUGAACAUAGUGUCACUCAAGAGAGUGCUGAAAAUGCAAUACAACAUAUUGUGCCAGAUUUAAUGAUAGGAUUUGGUUGCAAAAAAUGUACUACAAGAGAAAUCGAAUAUUGUUUAUCCAAUGAUGUCAUUGAAGAUCAUUGUUGCUGCCAAAGGAAAUACCAUGAAGUAUUUCCUUACAUCGAACAUACUUGUUAUGUAAGAUCUAGAAAUUGUGAACCAACUGUUCGGGACUGUGGAGUAUUUGAUCGAUUAUUGACUUGUUGUUGCCAUCAUUAUCUUGGAACAAAAUGGAAAAUAAAAAUGUCAUCUUCCAUUAAUGGUCAAAGUCAAAAAAACAAAAGCUUGUUUCUUUUUGGAUUAACAACUUUCCUUAUUAAGUACAAUAAUUAUAUUUUUAAUUUGUUUUAAGCUGUUAAGUAAUUAUAUAUUUUUAGAUAAUGUAAUUGUUGAACCACAAAAUAAUAAUUCGCUUUUAUCUUUUUAAAUAAUAGUAUU